AUGGAUCAAAGUUUCUUUUCCCUUACCCACACUAUUGGUCUUGGUGAGUUAGGACUCCAUCCGGUAAAGGAAACGGGUGAAGCUAUGGUUAUGAAAUUGCAAGAGUUAGGGUACAUGGCUUCACCCAAAUGGAUUCAGGCCCUCAAAAUUUGGGCUCCUGUCGAGCCAUCCAAGGAUUUAGCUGAUUUCAAAUGCCAUAGGCUAUAG